AUGGCAUUUGAUGCCAUUGCCUCUGAACCAAUUGAUGGACUGGAGGAGAAGCUGGCACGCUGCAGACAGAGCAUGGAGGAGGUGGAUCUUAAGCUGCGCAGGGAGAAGCUCAGCCCUGAAGGAAGAAAGUCACUGGAGAGAGAGAGAAACUUACUAAUGACCAAAGCUGACAACUAUGAAAAAGAACUGAGUGUGCUUCGUAAGGAAAAUCGCAAGAAUGCUGCCCUUGCUGUGGCCAUGGGGUUGCUGAUUGCUCUUAUUUACGCCUGCUGGACGAUGUGAUUGCACUCAAGAAUUCUCCCUGCUGACCAAAUGACUCUCCUGCAAGGACCUCUUCCUCCUCUCACUACUGUGCCUCCCCCAAGGGUGAGGAUCAGCAUUUCAAAUUGCUGUUCUCGUUUAUCCUCUCCAGGCCUCGUUGUAGGGAAGCUUUUUCUCUGAGAAUUGGGGGCAACAGGAGACAAACCAGAAAUCACAGUACACUUGCGGUUAGCAGUAAGGUCAAGCAGAGCUCGAGGUGGUACUGUCUUAACUCAAAUGCAGUCAAGACCAUCCAGCCUGAUGCAGGAAGGCAAUACAUUCUCCCUUUUGAAGAGGGCCUCUGUGGUUGCAGACGAGUGCUCUCUGCCCAGCCCAGUCAGAAUACAUGCC